AUGGCAAAACACGUGCCGACCAGUGCUGAUUUCAUCGCAAGGUCCUCGCGAAAGAUCCAGAACACCUUGAAACACCGGAUCCACACCCCUCGGGCUUCGCCAGCGAGAAAAGGCCCCUUGGAAGGGCUCACGAUGCGCGUACGGGAGGACCCCCGGGGCGCCGCGGAGCUCUUCUGCGGGCAGCACGGCAUCACCGACGCGAAGACGAUCGAUCUCCUGGGGGAAACCCUGGCGGAACUGCACAAUUCCUCGCCGUCUUCACCUCCUUCGUCGAUGCAUCGGCCGUCGUCUCUGACGUCGCAAUAUUCAACACAGCCAUCCCCACCACCACUGGAGGCAGAGGAGUCCACGUGGGGGGCACCGCGGAGAGGAAAUGGUGGAGUGGACGAGGGUGCAGCAUCCACCAGAGGGGGCCGAUCCGGAGAGCAAGCAGGACGAGACGCGGAGGAAGCAGUAGAGGGAGCGUUGGCGGGAACACGCGUGGAGGAAAUCGCACGGAAAAUGAGGGCAACGGCAGAGGCCUCCCACGACCCCGCCGACCCCGCCUCGGUGUUCGUAGACCUUCUCGUCAACGGGGACCCCGCCCCGCUCGUGUUCCGCAUCCCUCCCAAGAAGGCGCCUCACCGGCAGCCGCGAUUAUCCGACGGCGGCGUUUCUGAACUGCAAGGAGAGACGGGACAACCACAACAAGGGAGGGAAGGGGAGGAGAAGGAGGAGUGGGGUAUGGAAGAUGCGUGGGAGGAGGAGGAGGAAAAUAAGAAGGAGGAGAUUGCGGCGGCAGCUGCAGCGUGGUGCCGAGAGUUCGGGGCCAACCGACCCGAAGAAAUAGCUUUCGUGGAGACCGAGAUCGAGAAGGCCGUUGAGUCGGCCGCGGAGGCGGCGGAGGCGUCAGCAGCGGUCAGGCCAGCGGCGGCGACCGCUGGCGUAAACGGAAGGUACCAUGCCCCGACGGCAGCUUCGGGGGCUCGCGAAGAAGGACAUUCGGCAGCAGUAUCCGGUGCCCGGGAGCUGCUGCAGAGGAAAGAGUCGGAGUUGUCGGACAAGGACGGCGUGCGGCCGAAGCGAAGCGAUCUCGAGGACAGCAGCAGCCGCGGGAAGAUGAGGAGGGGCACGGUAGAGGAACGCCUGACGCUGUCGUCCGUGCUUGCGCCGGACGUAGAGAAGGGCACGAGCAUCUUCUGGGUGAAGGUGGCAUGGAAGCUGCUUGACGCGUACCCGGCGCAGAUGGAGGCUGCCAGGAGGGACGGAACGCUGCUGCCGGCUAGGGUAACGCUGCGGCACGCAGCCUGCCAACGAGAGGUGGCGUUCGUCUUGAUCGUUGCAGUGUUGUGGGUCGCACGAAGCCGGCGUUGGUGGUUGUUCAAGCGUGCGACUCCCGCUCCCGCCGACUAUCGACGGAGGAAAAAAGGAACCCCGCUGAUCCUGUCCCGAGCGUACAGACUACUGGCCCGUGCCUGGGGACGCACGCGGGGCAAGAACACCCGGGGACGGAGAACUGUCAUCCCCUCCCCCGGAGGGUGCAAGGUUGAGACUCCUCCGGUUUGUCACGAUCGAGGCGACGUCCGCACUGGUUUCGUCGGCCGCUACUUCUUUGGUCGCGUUCUCCGCACGGCACGCGGGAAGAACGUCACCGCUGCACGCGCAGAGGUGGACGGCGACGGUCCUGCCUCUUCUGCAGCUCCGACAAUCGCCGCCAAAAGGGCUCCCCGGAAGGGCACCAUCACCCCCACCGAAACGGCCGUGGACACGACGACCGCACCCGAUGUAAACAACGAUCACCGCAGCAGCAGCUACAAAAACGACGACGACGACGACGGCGACGUCAACGGGAGUGGUGAGAGUCUCCCGGGCAACGGGUGGUCGUCGUCGUGGGCGGAAGCUGCCUUGUUCGAGGCCGGUCGCGUCGCCGGGACGUUCGUCCGCGUGGGCGUGAUUCGACCGCUGGCGUACUUUAGCGGCCGUGGGACGAAGCCCCACACCCCGGCUUUGCCGUCAAGAACGAAAUCAAAACCGGUUUCGGCGAAGAGCCGCAGAAGAAAUGUCAUUGGUAGCAAUCCGAGAAGGACCGGAAUCGUCGCCCCCAAGAGACCGCGGAUAGAUGCGAAAGAGUGCGGGAAAACCCAGGAAAAGCCCGCGGAUAUUCGUGAACCUCUUGCGGGAUUUCCCGCGGACGUCAACGCCCAGCGUACAUUUGAGGGUGCGGACGCCUGCAGAAUGCCACCCUCUUCGGUAGCAGCGGUGAAGCAGAACCAGUAUGUACCACCAGGAUGCAUGGCUGGAACUGGGAGGGACAAAGCUGAGGAGGUUGCGGCAAAGACCGACUCCGUUCCCGGCAGUGGGAGCUGGACAUCGGUGUUGGACGGAUUAUCGAGAGAUCCAGGAAACAGGUUCAUGCAGGCCGCUGUCCUGUCGAGCGUGGGCAAGGUGCUGGCCAAGACCGACUCUUUUGAGAUUGAGACGCACGAGGCUUGCGACUGGGUGCGGCUGUUCAAAAGCAAGAAGGCAAGGCCCCAGCAGCACCACCUACUUGCAUACCUCUGGGCUGCAAGAGCGGCUGGCCACAUGUAUCAGGGUGAUAUCACGGUAGGUGGGCGCAAGUUAAUGGUGCUAUCGAGGCAGGAAGGCAGCAUCAUCCUUUCAAACAAGGCUCUCGGAAGCAAGAUGAUCGGGCUUAAAGGUCGGUCCGGCACCGUUGUCCUAGGAACCUACACGGAUCUUUCAAAGCUGGAGGCCAGGGAGAGUGUGACAUGGCUUGCUGAUGCGCUCGCAUCUGCCCCUGUCCGUUGA